AUGGGCUCCAGCUCCUCUUCUUAUGCACCCAGAACCAUUUACCUGGAUGUGGAUGGGAAGGUGCAAAAGGUGUUGUUCAGUCGCCACUGCAGUCCAUGUGACAUCAGGGAGCUUCUGUGUUCCUCUUCUAAAAUUCCCAGGAACACGGCCAUCAUGGUGGUAGAUCCAGAAGGUGCCAUGGUCUCCAUUGAUCCUACCAUGCCCCUCAACACUCCAAACUCUUUGUAUAAAGUUGUCCCCCUGUCUACUGCUCAGCUUGGAGAGAGAGAGGAAAUGUUUCAGAGCGUGUUUUCUCAGGUGGCUGAGCAGUUCACCAGAGCCUUUCAGAUCAAUGAGUUGAAAACUGAGGUCACCAGCAGGCUGCUGGUGUUGGAGAAGAGAGUGGAACUAGAGGGCCUGAAAGCGGUGGAGAUUGAGAAGUGUAAAAAUGACCUGAAGAGGCUACGAGAUGAGAUGGAUUCAAGAAGUGCCAGGGUAAACUGUCCAUGCAAAUAUAGUUUCUCAGAUGAUGGGAGGAAGCUCACUCCUAGAAGAGAUGUCCCCAGUUAUCCGAAGUACACACUGUCUCGGGAGACUAUUGAGGCACUGAAGAAGCCAACGUUUGACGUCUGGCACUGGGAGCACAAUGAGAUGCUGAGCUGUAUGGAGUACAUGUACCAUGACUUGGGCCUGGUCAAGGAAUUCAACAUGAACCCCAUCACACUCAAACGCUGGCUGCUGGCAAUACAGGAGAACUACCGUAACAACCCUUUCCACAACUUUCGUCACUGCUUCUGUGUUAGUCAAAUGAUGUAUGGCAUGAUUCACCUCUGCAACCUUAAGGGGAACCUGACUCUCACAGACAUAGGAAUUUUAAUGACAGCUGCAGUGUGUCAUGACCUGGACCACCCCGGCUACAACAACGCGUACCAAAUCAAUGCUCGCACGGAGCUGGCAGUCCGCUACAACGACAUCUCGCCUCUGGAGAACCAUCACUGCGCUGUAGCGUUCCAGAUCCUUUCUCUUCCUGAGUGCAACAUCUUUGCAAAUGUGGAUCCUGAAGCAUUCAAAGAGAUGCGACAGGCAAUCAUCACCCUUAUUCUGGCUACUGAUAUGGCCAAACAUGGAGACAUACUAGAGUCCUUCAAGCAUAAAGUGGACCACUUUGACUUUGCCAAUAACGAGCAUGUGUCAUGUCUGAAGAUGGUUUUAAUCAAGUGCUGUGAUAUUUCCAACGAGGUGAGGCCAGCUGAGGUCGCUGAGCCGUGGGUGGACUGUUUACUUGAAGAGUACUUCAUGCAGAGUGAUAGAGAGAAGUCUGAGGGCCUCCCGGUGGCUCCUUUCAUGGACAGAGAUAAAGUCACCAAACCCACAGCACAGAUCGGAUUCAUCAAGUUUGUGCUCAUCCCAAUGUUUGAGACGGUGAUGCGGCUUUUCCCUCAGAUAGAAGAGAUCAUGGUUCAACCUUUAAGAGACUCUCGAGAUCAUUAUGAGGAGCUCAAGCAGAUUGAUGAUGCCCUAUCAGAGGGGUCUUCUUUCAUGACAAAAUUUAGGAGACUCGAAAAAACGUGACUGAGGCCCCAGAGAAGACGUCCCGCGCUGCAUUCUGGGGACAGCUGGAGCAGGAGGGCAAGAUAAAAAAGAGAGUGCUCAAAUAUGCUGAACUAAAAUUAGGAAUGAUGGCGGCAGACCUUGAACUUUGACUUAAACCAUUGCACCGGAUGUUACAAGAAAGGACCUGCAGGUCUCCGUGUUUAUAUGGUGUUUAUGUUGAGCUCUCUGUACAUUUUUUUUUUCAUA